CGGGCGGAGCCAAGUAGGAGGAAAUGGUACUGUUGGCUGACUGCUCCCAAGAAAACCGGCGACGAGCAUCCAUACCCGGCAGUUUGACCGUACAUCUUCGCUGCUUUCAAGUCACCUUUACUGCAACUGCAACCGAGCAAGACACAUCUCUCAAGCAGAACUUCAUUCACGCACUAAAACACAUCGACAUCUCGCUACUUAUAAACCAAGCAACACUUGUAUGCUGCCAUUUCUAGAAAUAUCUGUGAAGGGCUCGGAGAUUAACGUUAUAGAUAAACGGCUGCAGGAUGGAGACGCAGAUACAUGUGCCCGUGGGGUCGCCGGUUAUUAGAAAAAUUCCCAUUUUCGUGGACGAGCACAACGUGACGGAGGGGGCGAUGAAGCUCAUUAAAGAGCUGAGACCGGCGUGGGACACGAGCCAUGUCAAGACCAAGCUCUUCACUGAUGGAACCACCAACAAGCUAGUGGGCUGCUAUGUGGAGGAAAGUCCAGAGGAUGUGGUCUUGGUCCGAGUAUACGGGAACAAGACAGAACUGAUUGUGGACAGAGACAAUGAGCUCAAAAGCUUUCAGGUGCUACAUGCUAAUGGUUGUGCUCCUCGCCUCUACUGCACCUUUCAGAAUGGCAUCUGCUAUGAGUUCAUGCAGGGGGACGCUCUUGGGACGCAGGACGUCAGGGAUCCUUCCUUACUAAGAAUGAUAGCCAGGGAGAUGGCUCGUAUCCAUGCCAUCCAUGCACACAAUGGCUGCAUCCCCAAACCCAACCUGUGGAUCAAGAUGCGAAAAUACUUCUCCCUCGUGGCCACCGAGUUCACCGACCAAGCGUCCAACGUUAGAAUACAGCAGGAGGUGCCCAGCAAAGCUGUGCUGGAGCAGGAGAUGGUGUGGAUGAAGGAGCAUCUCUCCACUCUGGGCUCCCCUGUGGUGCUCUGCCAUAAUGACCUGCUCUGCAAGAACAUCAUUCACAACAGCAAAGAGGGUCAUGUUCGCUUUAUAGACUAUGAAUACUCCAGCUACAACUACCAGGCAUUCGACAUCGGCAACCACUUCAAUGAAUUUGCAGGAAUGGCGGAGCUGGAUUAUGGACUGUACCCGAGUCGGGAGAUGCAGAUGGAGUGGCUCAAAGUGUACCUGCAGGCAUACAAAUUCUUCACCAAGAAAACAGAGGAGGUCAGCCAGCGAGAGCUGGAGACACUCUAUGUACAGGUCAACAAGUUUGCUCUGGCUUCUCACUUCUUUUGGGGCUUCUGGGCGCUCAUCCAGGCCAAAUACUCCUCCAUCGACUUCGACUUCCUCGGGUACGCUGUGCUACGUUUCAACCAGUACUUUGAGACCAAACCUGCAGUGAUGGCCCUGCAGAUCCCAGAAUGAGAGGAGAUGGAGAAAGACAGACUGCGGAGAGAAGACAGGAGGGAAGGUGUAACAGGUUCUAUGCUGGGACUUCCUGUAGGGUGGGAACUCUUCUCUGUGAGCCAGCUGUUGAUGGACCUCUGCUCAGUCUACCCAGCAUCCUUUUUCUGCAACAAGCGCAAUUACUCUUUCAUUGCCCCAACGUAGCUCCACGUCUGUCACAACUCUAGCUCAAGAAUGAUGAAACUUCAGUGAGCUCUGUGUGUAUGUGUGUGAGUGUAUGCUUGUGUAUGUUUGUGUACUUAAUUUAUCUUGAUAAACCCUGACGUCUCGCUUUCCCUCUUCGGGCAGCUGAACAAGGCAUAGUGAGCAGAGCCGUCUGAGUUUAGGGUAGAGAUCACAGACUUGCUUUAUCGUCUGUCACUCUGGCGCCAAAAUGUUCCACAACGCUGGUAAUGAAGGUCAAAAGAGGGAUGAGACUGUUAAGGAGGGUUUGAUGCUGACAUUGGCAGAUAGUUUGUCCUGCUCUCUGUGCACUGUAUCUAUGGCUCAUUGCCACGGCCUCGUUAUAGUUAGAAACUGACUACAGAGGCAUUUCACCUGGGAUUCCUCAGAUUUUGCAUGUGGUGUGUGUGGUGAGACCAUUCCUCCUUCUGUCUGCAGACAUUUUAACACUUUAAGUUCUGACUCGUGCGAUCCUUCCUCUUUUCUUCCUCUGUCUUUGAUGCUAAGUGCUCAUAGCUGCUGUAUUUCUGCACUGCACUUCCCAGAGAUUACCUGUGCAUCAAACCCUGUGGACGGUACUGUGUUGUUUGUUUCCUCUGGUUUUCUUCUGUCAUUGCAGUUUGAGCUUCAGUAUCUCUUGUAGUUAUUCCAAGCAAACUACUGCUGCUGCUAGAAAUGCAAAACAAACUUCUCUGUGUGCUAGUGGACUUCUCUUUAGGAAGAACCUCCACUGAGUCCGUGGAACAGCAAAUGGAAAAGCUUUUCAUGGACUAGCUGUAGGUUGAAUCACUAUUGUGUUAUAGCAAUCGGUGAUAGAGAGUAGCUUAAUGUGCAUUUAUUUAUUUAUGUGAAGACGUGGAUUACUUAACAUCUCAGGUGAAACAGCUCCUCAGUUUGGGUUGUUUUGUGUUGAACUUGGAAUUGAUAUGAAGCAGGAGGGGAGAUAGAUGUUGGGUAAAAAGAGAGGACCUGUGUAAACGUCACUCUCAACUCUGUGUGCAUUGCUGUCCUCGAACCGUUUUCCACCUUUUUGACUUUUAUGGUUACAGCGAAUCGCUCUGUUAAACUUUCCAUUUAAACUUUCCAGACCUCUUGGAAAAUCACAACCUCUGUCACCCCCACUGCCAACCCCUCCUUUUCUCUUUUAUGCCCUCCUGUGUCUGCUCCCUCCUCACUGUUACUAUCUAUGUUCUGCUCCCACCACAGUUUUGUUUCAUAUCUUCCUUUUUGUGUUGAGAUUGAGGCAGUAGCACCUGUUCCACGGGCCAUCUUACCAUCAGAGACUGCUCUCAGCCCCACACUGUAAUCUAUUCCUAUUCACAUCCCAGAUUUGGAGCUAAAUUUUGUUACGUAAUCAGACAUUGCGUAAGUUAUAUCUGGGGUCAAAUCAAGUGUAGUUUUCAAAAUGAGGCAAGAGUGGGUUAUCUGGGGCUGUGCUGCUGUCAUGAUAGCCCCCUAUUACUGGGAUGAAAGAGCAUAGAUUCAGACUCUCCAGAGAUGUAGUCAUUAAAAAAAAAAAAAACAGACACGCACAGUGUCUGUAAAAGCAAAAAUACUAUAACUCCACUGAUUAUAUGCAUCGAAGUCUGUUUCCAGGUGUUAGCGAGUACUACAGUAUGUGUGAAAAAGGUUGUAUCAAGCCUGUCGUGUCUCCAGAGGGAGCUGUGUGAAGUCUGAUAAAUGUCCUCAAGUGAUGUCACUUAGGUCAGCGUUUGCUGAAGACUACAUGUUAGAAAAUGGAAAAAAAAAAAUUCUAGAGGUGUGGAGUUGGAUUUAAGUGAGCUUACCAGACCUUACCACAGCACGCAGCUCAUAUCUGCUGGAGGCUAGCAACUCCAGGCUACAUUAGAUGCCACCCAUGGGGCUUCAUUUUGGUGUGUUAUCCGGCGACUCCUGAUCUUUUUUAUCAGCCGUGAUGCGAAAAACCAGGCGAGACCUGUUGCUUGUGUGGGUAUAUCAUGGUAUGAAACACACAGGUACUGUAGCUUCAGCAAGAGAGAAAGCAAUGACGUCACUUAAACAACUUGUGUAGUCUUUUUAAGUACUUAUUACAUACUUACAUAAUGCGUAAUUACAUACACAGGUUUUGCUUGAGAAGUGAAGCUGAUCAUUAUUUAUGUCAGUCGAUCAAUCAGUUUCAACUCUAUUUGAGUUCAGAUUUGACAAAGCUUCUUCAGAGCCACAAAAGACACUUUACAUCCAUUUCCACAGGCUGAGUAGUGCUAACUGUGCCAGGUAAACUGAGCUUCAUGUGUAAAAUCAGCGGAAUGCGCCUUUAUUAAGCACAGUAGGUCUUAAUUAUUAUUUUGUUCUUUAUUCUAAUUUUGGCCACUCAUAGUUUACAUGUGUUCAUAAUGAACUCAGAUUUAAUUAGACAUCGGUAACUUCGUUCCUUUAAUUCAGUAGGACUUACAUAAAAUUCUGCACAGACUUUUAAACUGUCAAUAAUCCUAUACUUGGCUUUUGGUGCAGAUAAUCUUUGCACUGACCAGUAAAAGUUAGUAAAAUCUUGAUACAGCACAAGCACUGGCUUUAUAAUGAACUGAAGCACAGGAUUCACUCCUCCUCAUCCUCCCCUUAGUUGACACAAUCACUGGCCUGAUCACACUGGACUGAUAAACACAACACGUUUAUGAAUGAAUCCGAGCUUCAGAUCAUAUCUUCUGAAGCUGUUUCCACAACACAGAUGUGUCCUCUCUCUCUCUCACCCAGACACUCUUCUGGAUAUCCAGUACCCACAUAAUCCCAGCGGGGGGAGACACUGAGCCCUCACCUUUGUCCUCCUCUGCAGGUCUCAUGUAACUGAUAGGCUUAAUAAUUUACCAAGUGAGCAGCAGCCCUUCAGGACAGCAGAAGAGACACUAACUGAUGUUAAUGGUUUUCAGUCAGGACCGUUAACCUGAGAAAGUGUUUUCAGAGGGAUCACAGCUACAUUUGAAAUGUGUCAGUGGUUCUUAUCCUGAGAUGGGAUGAUCAGAGCAUUCUGAUGUGAAUUACAACUCAUUUUAGGGCUGUGAGGCUAAGUGGGUUUAAAGGGACAAUUCAUCCUGAAAUCAAAAAUACACAUUUUGACUCAUCCCUUUAGUGCUGUUUAUCAGGC